GUCAGUCGAAGGCGGUCAUGCCAGAGGUGCUGUAGAGGUCCCCAACUUCACAGCAAGUAUACUUGCGUCUUUUACGUUUAGUUUAUCUAGCGCCUUAAUUAUGAAGACCAUACUUGCUGCAUACUCCGGUGUCCUGCGAGGCACAGGCUCCAGCAUCCUCUCGGCCCUGCAGGACCUGCCAUCUGCUCCCUGGCCAUCCCGCUCCAAGGUGGAGAAACAGCUGCAGGUUAUCUCUGUGUUGCAAUGGGUCAUCAGCUUCCUGAUGUUGGGUGCGGCCUGCACUGUGCUCCUUGUGUACAUGUUCUGCACCGACUGCUGGGUAAUAGCUGCCAUGUACACAGCCUGGCUCAUCUUCGACUGGAACACCCCGAAAGAAGGUGGCCGACGGUCCUCCUGGGUGAGGAACUGGACAGUGUGGACUUAUUUCAGGGACUACUUUCCUGUUCGACUCAUCAAGACGCACAACCUGCUCCCUAGCCGGAACUACAUCUUUGGCUACCACCCCCAUGGGAUUUUCUGUUUCGGAGCCUUCUGCAACUUCGGGACGGAGGCGACAGGCUUUUCCAAGAAAUUCCCUGGAAUUAAGCCUUCCCUGGCAACCCUGGCUGGAAACUUCCGGAUGCCUGUGCUGAGGGACUAUUUGAUGUCUGGAGGCAUCUGCCCAGUCAAUCGAAACUCCAUCGACUACAUUCUGUCACGAAAGGGAACGGGUAACGCCGUGGUCAUCGUUGUUGGAGGGGCAGCGGAGUCUCUGGACUGCGCUCCCGGCAUGAAUUCCGUCACCCUGAAGAACCGCAAGGGAUUUGUAAAGCUGGCUCUUCAGGAGGGGGCUGACCUGGUGCCUGUGUACUCUUUCGGCGAGAAUGAGGUGUACAAGCAGAUUAUCUUUGAGGAGGGCUCAUGGUGGAGGCUGGCUCAGAAGAAACUCCAGAAGCUGUUGGGCUUUGCACCUUGCUUAUUUCACGGCUGUGGCUUAUUCUCAGAAGAAUCCUGGGGCUUGGUACCUUUCAGUAAGCCCAUCAUCACUGUAGUGGGAGAGCCAAUCACGGUGCCUAAGAUCGAGGAGCCCAGCCAGGAGGUGGUGGAUCAGUACCAUGCCAUGUACAUCAGCUCCCUCAGAAAGCUCUUUGACAAGUACAAGACCCGUUUUGGCCUGAAGGAGAGCGACACCCUUUUGAUCCUAUGAGGUCCCAGGAGGACAGAAAGAACUGUGGCAGCUGCCCUGAUGAGCCCUGCAAGUACCUAGCUCGUUCCAUCUUUACGUACAUACAUUUAUUUGUACGCACAAAACUUGCAGCACCAUUCCAAACCUGUGGCAAGCAAGAUCUAGUGAAUGUGAAUGGACAGAGUACCCUUCUUCUGGAAAACCCAAGACAUGUACUGGGAAAUGCUGGUGUAAUUUUGCAACUAAAUUCACCAUUGUUUUUUUUUUUUUUUUUUUUUACCUGUUUUUCCCCUUCACCAGAAAGAUCACCAAUAUUUUUAUUAAUUCUAAAAAUGAAAAAUAAGGAGCAUGUUGUUCUAACAACAAUUCCAUAGUUUAUCAUUCAAAAGUGCAACUGGAGUGUCUGUAUUAUGUCUACCACUGGGUGGCACUAUAAGGUCUGGUUAUUCUAGCAUGUUGGCUGUCAUACAAAAAGCAAUUUCGGGACAGUCCGUAUUCAUUUUUUUAACUAAUCAAAAACAAGCUAAGCAUGGCAUAUUCUUUAUCUUUUUUUUUAUUAAUGUUAGUCACCCUGGUUGUAAAGUACCCCAAGUAAGAACCGUAAAGUAUGUGAUUUUUCAACGACUACUUUGCUGAGAUCAUGUUAGGUUACUCAUGCUGGGAUUAUCUCACCCAUUAAAUAUCCACCAUCACCUAAUAAAGCAAAUUGUCUUUAUUUCAAGAAAACAUGAGAAACAAGACCUCUUUUGAUAUACCCAGUGGUACAAUGGUUUAAUAUGUGUUGUUCCAUUUGACUCCUGUAGAAUUUUAGAAAAAUGCACAAACAAUGCAAUUUAAAAGGUAUUGCCUCUCAAGCAGUCACUAUUAUAUGUGUUUAUCAAGCCAAAGAGCUUAUUGGUGACUGAUAUGAAUCCGAUGCAGUACUAGCACUACAGAAAGCCAGCUGGUUUAAUUAAAACUUGAAAUUAAAUGUGAUUAUAUUGCAAGCUUAAACACCCUUAUACAUAUCAGUAAUGCAUAUGUACAGUGUGUACAUGUCAUUAUGCAGUGCCAUGGUAGUGUUAAUUGUAAAUAGAGAUGUGGGGAAAAAAAAUCAUUCACACAUAUAUGUGUGAAUGAUCCCAUUAUUUUUCAAUGGAAAAAAAGUCAAUUUUUGCUUUUUGGCUUAAAUACCAUUUUCAUAAGGAAAAUAAAUCAUGUUUCAAUGUAAACUUUCACCCAUUGAAAGCUCACUGUAUUAUAAAAAAAAAAAGUUAUUUUAGAUAAUUGUAUAGUUAAUAUAAAAUUAGAAUUUGGUUUUUAAAAUCAAUUGUCCAACAUUUUUCCCACAAUUAUUUGUGCUCAUUUAGUAUUUUAUUAACUCAUUUUUUUUGUUUUACUCUUUGACAUGUAGCUUGUAUAUAUAAUAAUUUCUGCACAAAAUGACUGAUUUGAAUGAUUGAAAUACAGAAGCUGUGCUGGUUAAGAGAAUGUAUUGUGCCUAUAGCUGUAUGGAUAAAUGCUGAGACUGUUGAUGGGGAAAUGGCAGAAAGGAUGUGGAAAGGAUGCUGGGUAUUCAUCCAUGAAGGUGGAAAAUAGUGGCCUGAGUGCAGAAAUGGACAGACCACAACACUGUUGUAUAACACUGCUGUGACUGUUUUUAUAAAUCUGAAAAAUAAUGCCUUAAGGUCCCUGGCCCUGCUCAGGCAAGUAAAUAUAAUAUAAUAUAACACUGUAAAAUGUCCCAGAAAAUCUUGAUAUAUAGGCAUCUUGAACUGUAUGCAAUACACUUGGAAAGUUUUUUUAAUAUAUUGCUACUUUGUAAGUGCUUGCAAGUCAGGAAAUUGUGAUUGUUUAAUAGCAAUGUCAUUUUGUGUUUUACAUGUGCUGGCUUCACCACUGUGACUGCAGAGUGACGUGUACUUCCCUCGCUAAUUUAAGUGCAAUAAAU